AAGGUAUAUGGUUCGAAUCAGUGGUAGGGUCCGAUAUGCGAUCUCAGGCGCAGCCGGAAGGAUGUUGUUUGCUGGCGCGGCGCGGUGCUGUGUCUACGAGUCGUAGGUGCGCCAGUGCGGCGGCUGCUGCGCCGAACCUUCUCCAUGGUGGAGCAGGCAGCGGACGCCGAUCUGGUCGGCGAGCGGCUCGCUGCCGGUGGCGGCGCUGCCAGCGAAGUGUCCAGGAACUGCACUGGGACUCGGCGAACGUGCUCGCCGAAGGUUCCAACAAGGUCAUAUUCGGCGGCUCUUUCAGGGGGGUGAAGGUUGUCGUCUGCCGACCUCGCCGCACCGUCGAGAUUGACAUCUGGCGAGCGGAGAAUGAGAUCAUGGUGCUGAAAGCCCUGGGGCCCAAUCCUGCGAUCAUUCAGCUGAUUGCCAGCGGGAUGAUCGCCAGCGGAGAUAACCACAUGAUGCCGACAUUGGUGCUGGAGAUAGUGCAACCCAUUGGAUUUGAUCUCAAUCGACUUUGGAGUCAGUAUGCUCUCACUGGGUUCCAAGUGCCAGAGCGUUUGUGCGGCCGUCUCUUUCUGCAGAUGGUAGGGGGCUUGCAGCAUAUGCAUAGCAGACGCAUAUUGCACCUCGACUUGAAAACGGCAAAUGUGCUAGUCACAGCCACGUACGAUGCCAAACUGUGCGAUUUCGGCAUGUCGGACAACAUCGGCGCCAUGAAACGCAUGCAGUGUCGGCGGGGGGAGAUGCACUACAUGCCCCCCGAGAUGCUCGAGGGCAUGGACCUGGAUGCGGCGGCAGACUGCUGGGGCCUCGGCGUGAUCCUCCACCAGACGUACAACCACGGCGAAUUCAGACUCGUGCGCUACUCCGAAUCCCAGAGGCGAUGGAAAAAGAGAGCGGAGGUGCCCAUGGUCGCGCGAGCUCCCGAGCCGAUACAGGACUGGGGGACGAGGGUAAUGAGGGGUCUCAUCAGGGACGACCCGUCCAGACGCAUGACUCUGGAGGAGAUGCUCGAGUCGGAGUGGCUCUCCAGGAACGCGGACGACUUCGAGACGCCGCAUGAGGACGACCCGUGGCUUGUGAUUCCGCGCACUCCCCAUGAGCCUUCGAAGUGGUUGGUGCCAUACUUGGGCGGCUCCCCGCUACUGACGAUAUCUAGUUUUAUCGGGUCGCAACAAGUGCAUCUGUUGAACAGGACGCUCGCAGACCUUAAACUCCAUGCUCUGACGCAUGUUAUGCUUGUGAGACAGCCAGGUACGGAGGAUAGGUUCACGAAUCCAAGUGAAGACAUCAGGUUGAAAACUGGUAUGCAUGUAUACCUAGGUAUUCCCGCCGACUCGGUGGAUACGGACGCGGCUGUGGAAGUGGUUGAAGAGGUGUUUCUGCCUGGACGUGCGUUGAGCAAACGUCGUAGUCACGACUCUGCGUGUUCGGAGGAGGAGUUGGCACCAUGUCCUGACAGACCGUCGAUGUUCCCGGCUUGUCGCGGCAGCCUUGUUGCCAAGUACGAUUUGCACGACGUGACCAAAGCCUAUGCCCGCAGCAAAUUCGAGGUAGCUGAAACGGGCGCUAUAUACGCUUUCGCCAUGGAGUUUGACAGCUUUAGAUUCCCACAGCACAUAGGCCACGAGGCCACAAUUGGGAAGGAGCCUCUGCGUGGCCCCAGGCGGGAGUUCAACGACGUCGGGCACAUUGCCCUCAAUUUGAAGGGCGCUUUCAAUAUCAAUCUGGUUGGCAUACAGCGCGUGGGAGAGGACAGCGUGGAGUGGUUUCCCGACCCCAUCGUCCAGGUGAGGCCCGGCGAUCUUGGCAUAGUCGCAAGGUGCCCAAUGACAGACGGCUCGAGCAAGCCUUCCGUUGAUGAGGAAGCGCUCGCGAGUCUCAUGAUCGAGGAGCGUUUCAUUGACGUCAUCAUGGCUCGUCGAGAUUGCGCUCAUGUGCCCGUCGAGGUGGGCGUCGUAAGGAAUGAGAUGUUCUCCAGCGUGCGCGUGUACAAGAACCCGUAAAGAAGCCAGCGCUCACGCUCAUCGGGGAGAUACCCACCGGCACCGAGGUCAAGAUCACGGAUCCGCGACUGUUGCGGCGAUUUCCUGCUCGUGGAAUCUGGCGCUGUCAGCGGAUGAUGGGUUGGAGUGAAGAACGUGCACGCCGAGACGACAUCAUGAAGAUUUUCGAGACUGCAGAGAACUCACAGGUUCCCGCCAGGGGACGAGGGCAUUUCGGCAGGCAGUGCAGUUCGUGAUUCUUGGCGGGGAGGAGUUCGACCGAAGCCGGGCGGCGCCCGCCGAGCACCUGGCGGACAUGGGCGCCGGGCUUGCAUGGCCAGCCGUGCUCCCGUUGUGCGGCGGGUCUCGCCCCGGCCCUCCGCGGGGCCGACGCCCUCCCGGCACUGCGGAGAGCGAUGGGCUGCCGGACGCCGGCAGACCCGCUCAGAUGAGCAUUCUCGGGCGCGUGCUGGCGGCGGCAUGACCGCGGAGUGCAGCAGACCGAUCGUCUCGCCAUUGGGGGGGGAACGGCUCCCUGCAGGAAUUUGGCCGCUCUCGGGGUCCAGGGAGCCCGCCCUUUCAACCGUCCACAAAGUUGUUCGGGAUGACGGCGUGGUUCCAGAGGGGCCCACGGGGACAUGGAGCCGAAAGCCCCCAAGACCUUUCCCCCCAUGCCGACGG